CGGGCCUCUCAAAAUGCCGGAGACGUUGUUUCGAGCGGGUUCUCGGCUCGUUCUUUGUUGUGUUUGCACGGUGUAAUGAGCGGCGGCUUCGGUUUCGAUGCAGGAGGACGGGCUGCUGCUCAACUGGAUGAGUGGAUGAGCCGCGAUGGCUAAAGCUAAUGCUAGCUAACGAUCUAUCUAAAUGGACGGAUUUUUUGGAGGGUGAAUCGCAACUUACUGCCGUUAAAGAAAGAAAGGAGAAUCGCUCGGAGCGAGCACCUGAAACUGAAGAAGGCCCAAAUGAUGGUCCUACACCAGUUGCUGCCAGUCCCGAACAGUACAUUAAACAUCCUUUGCAAAACAGAUGGGCUCUCUGGUAUUUCAAAAAUGAUAAAAGCAAAAGCUGGACAGAAAAUCUGCGACUGAUCUCCAAGUUUGACACAGUGGAAGACUUCUGGGCGUUAUAUAACCACAUACAACAACCCAGUAAGCUUGGAUUUGGCUGUGAUUACUGUUUAUUUAAGGAUGGGAUCAAGCCCAUGUGGGAGGACGACCGGAAUAAACUUGGAGGGAGGUGGUUAAUGACGCUCAGCAAACAGCAGCGACACAAUGACCUUGAUCGCUUUUGGAUGGAGACACUGUUGUGUUUAAUCGGCGAGUCUUUCGACGAAGCCAGCGAAGACGUUUGUGGAGCAGUAGUUAACGUACGCCCAAAGGGGGAUAAAAUAUCCAUAUGGACAGGCAACUGCCAAAAUAGGGAAGCUAUAAUGACGAUAGGGCAACAAUACAAGGAGCGCUUGAAUAUCCCCAUCAAAAACAUUCUUGGAUACCAGUCCCACGAUGACACCUCUAGCAAAAGUGGCUCUACGACAAAGAACAUGUAUUCAGUUUGAAGAAAACUUUCAAGUUGUAGGUUUAUAAAAUUACAAAUUUGCCUCACAUUAUGUUUGAGUUGUCAACUGCUGUAGUGUCCUUCCUUUUAAAAAAAAGAAAAAGAUAAAAAAAAAAUUUAACGUGCAUUUGUAGUACUCCAUUCUAAAUGAACCACGACUAUCUAAUGGUUUUGACCUGUGAGAGGGACUGCAUCAGCUGAAGCUAUGCGAAUCCUGCUAGACGAUGUUUUAGAAUUCAGACAUUACCCUAACUAAUAAACGUGCCCUAGCUGGAAAGGUUCAUCAGCUUAGACUGAAAGGACAUUGUUUUUCCCUCUAACCUCUUCCGUUUCUCAUGCUUCUUGAUAUGAAUCACAUAUAGAAAUAAAAAAAAAAACCCACACGAAUCCACAAGGGCAAAAAGCCGACCGCUUUCUUUACACAAAUUUAAUAGGCCACAUCUUUUUUUAACAUGCUUUGGUUUGAGGUGUUUGGCAUGAGACAUGAUUGCAGAGGCGCCUGUAGAGAGAAUGUCAUAAAGGAUUGUAAAGGAGUUUCGGUUGCUCUCUAGGUUUGAGAUUUGGACGAGCAGCCAAUUAUUGUUUCAGCGAUGCUGGAAUUAUGGAGUCUUGAUUGUGGACCUACUUUCAAUUUUUGUGUUCGCCCCACAUCUAUUUAUGACGUACAGAUUGCCAUCGAGCUACUUAGUGAGAGGAUGACUUAAAAAAAAAAAAAAAAAAAUCCGUUUUCAUUAUUUUUAUUUCCCCUUCCCUUGUUUUUCUUCUUCUUUUUCUUCCUUUUUUUCCCCUUCUUUUUUUCUGUUUGGAAGUUGUUAGUAAUGUGGACUACUGCUUAAUAUCGAACAUUUUUACAGUGAAUUCUAUAGUAAAUGCAAAUACCGCCAUGCUUUAGGUGUGCUUUUCACUUUUUCCUCUUACAAUUAUCAUUGUAAACAUCUAAUUUGCACCACUUGGGUGAAUAAAAAUGAAGACAAUA